AAGGUUAAUGUCGGCUUGGCGCGACUCUUGCCCGCUCCCUACGGGCGGCGACAGCCGCUGCAACUUAUGAUAGCUCACCGCCGGCGACACCAUUCUCUCUAUCUUCAUCAAAUGUAUAAACACAAACCACGAUCGGUUCUAAUGGACCAGAUUCCUCGCUCUUAAUUGCCAUCAAAUGGAGAUUUGCUGGUACUCUAAUAUUUUCCGGGCAUCCACCAUGUCACGUUCCUCUAGUUCAAAACCCAACUCCUUGAGGUAAACAUUUAGCACUAUGGGCCGACGCUAAGCAAGUGUUUGAUUAGUUUGGGGUUGUCGGCGCAUCCUUCCAACAAUGGCAGAUUUCCUCCUGCUCAUAGAUCCACAAAAUAGUGGGCAAAUGCAUUGAAGAAAAUAGAACUACCUGGGCCAUUUUAUCUACCAACUAACUGCGGCAAAUUUCAAGCUAUGACUUGCCAAAAUAGCAUUGGCCAUUAAGUAACCAUUUAUGAAGGUGUAUAGGUACAUAAAUAGCCCCCCAUUGUUUAGUUUCACCAGACGUUGCCCCGUGAAAGCUACAAGGCUCUCCCAACUACUUCCACCUUAUCUUCAUCAACCCCAAGUUUGAUGCACACGGGAAACUUGAGUUUCCUAUAGCUCUACUGAGUUUGCAGAAGUUACAAUUUUAGGUGCUGUCCCAUCUGUAUGAUGAUCAUUCUUGAUGUAUUCCACCUAUGUGCAAAUUCCUCAUGGACCCUACAAAGUGAAGAUCAUAGUGGUGGCAGUUGCGUGGAUGUGUUAUCACAUUGAAUUCUUCCUCAUGUUACAACAUUGAAUUGGUUCUUUGUCUCUCUUUUUGCAUUAUAUGUCCCCUUCAUUCCCCAACUCUGUCUUCACACUCACAAACCAAUUUCAACUUAGUAAAGCCUUCAUCUUGAGAGAUGGCGAAGAAGCGUGUAAUGUUGCCGGCUGAGCACGUAGACUUAACAACUGUUAAAUAUGAGCACGAAAAAAUCCAAGCUCCUCGUUUGUCUGGCUUUAUGUUGAAGUUAUUUGUAAAGAUAGUAGAAACUCCAGUGAUAGGUUCUCUGAUCAUAUCCUUCUUCAAGAAACAGAAUAAACUACCUGAGCUGUUGCAAAAUUCUGCAAUACCAGAGCCACCUAUGUUCAGACCUGAAUUUCCUUUUCAAGAACUGGAACCUGUUGUUAUACUUGUGGAAGAGGAUGGAAAGGUUGCAGAUCGUGUUGAAUCAGCCUUGACGUGUCUUCCACAUUAUGGUCCCUCUGGCUGCAGUGAUUCAACUGCAUCAUUCCAGUACUGGAAGAUCCGUGAUUAUGCACAUGCGUAUCGGUCUAGGCUUGCUACUCCGUCCCUGGUUGCAGAGCAUAUCAUCUCAGUUUUGGAGGAGUUCAGCUGUAAGAAGCCUCCAGCACCAUUAUUGAUUUCUUUCAAUGCCGAGGAAGUCAGGAAGCAAGCAGCAGCUUCUACACAAAGGUUUGAGCAAGGAAACCCGUUAUCAAUUUUGGAUGGGAUAUUUAUGGCAAUUAAGGAUGAUAUAGAUUGUUUCCCAUAUCCCUCAAAGGGUGGGACAACAUGGUAUCAUGAGAUUCGUGCUGUUGAAAAAGAUGCAGUAUGUGUUUCUAGAUUGCGUAGCUGUGGCGUGAUUUUUGUUGGGAAGGCAAAUAUGCAUGAAUUUGGCAUGGGAACAACUGGAAAUAAUCCCAACUAUGGUACAGUGAGAAACCCACAUGCUCCAGAAAGGUAUACUGGGGGAUCUUCCUCAGGCUCAGCAGCAAUUGUAGCUUGUGGACUUUGUUCAGCUGCACUUGGAACUGAUGGUGGAGGUUCAGUCCGCAUUCCUGCUUCCCUCUGUGGUGUAGUUGGCUUAAAGCCAACAUAUGGACGGGUUGACAUGAAGGGAACCUUGAUUGAUGCAGCCACUGUGGCAGUAAUUGGUCCCAUUGCAUCAUCAGUUGAAGAUGUUAUGCUUGUGUAUGCAGCAAUGUUGGGUACCUCACCAGCUGAUAGAAUUAGUUUGAAACCAUCCCCACCUGCUCUGCCAAAUUUAUCAUCAAAUGACAGCUUGAAUACUCUGGGCUCAGUGCGACUCGGAAAGUACACACAGUGGUUUAAUGAUGUAUAUUCAACUGAUAUCUCUAAUAAGUGCGAUGAUGUCCUUAAUCUUCUAUCAAAUACUCAUGGAUGUGAAGUGAUAGAGAUUGUUAUACCAGAGCUGCAUGAGAUGCUCACUGCUCUUCUUGUUUUAAUUGGAUCUGAAGCACUGCAUGUAUUAAAUCCUGAUUGUCAAGACAGGGGAAAUUCAAAAUGGACAUAUGAUGUUCGCACUAAUCUGGCACUUUUCCGGUCAUUCACUGGAUCAGACUAUGUGACUGCACAAUGUGUUAGGCGAAGGAUGAUGAACUUCCACAUGGAGAUUUUUAAGAAGGUUGAUAUAAUUGUGACUCCAACAACCGGCUUGACGGCGCCUGUAAUAUCUCGUAAUGCUCUAAAGUUUGGGGAGACAGAUAUGUGGGUGGCAGGCUAUCUCAUGAAAUUCAUACGAGCAGCAAAUCUUCUUGGACUCCCUGCCAUGACUGUCCCUGUUGGAUAUGAUAAACAAGGACUUCCAAUAGGUUUGCAACUAAUUGGCCGCCCGUGGAGUGAAGCUUCAAUAUUGCGCAUGGCUUUUGCAAUAGAGGAAGUAACUGCAAAGUGCAAGAAGAGGCCUUUAUCAUUCUACGAUCCUUUGAAAGCAACAUGAACCAGUCAUCGCAGUCGCUUUUCUACUGCCAGUGUGCAAAACCCUCUAUGUUGUGUAUUGCUGAGGACAUUCCUUCAUCUGCACUUCGUAUUGUCAGGAAUAUAUUGUUUUAUUUCUUUUACCCUAAAAUGUUGUAGACUGCAUACAUUGUUUAAAAACAUUAUUAAACCUGGAAGAAAUGCAGGAACAAAAAAUUGCCAUUAGUUUAAUUACAAUAAUGAUGACUCUGUCCUCCUUUUGUUA